GCAACAAGUCAGGAUGGAGAGACGUGGUCGCCAAGUCGGGGAAUAUUGUAGGAAACAUGUUGUCCUAGUUACUUAUGUCCAAGUCGAUUGGCUGCUGUGCCCUGUUAUUUAUCAAGAGAGCAGCAUGUUUUUGCGCCUUGUUUUCUGAUAGGAUCUGCGAGGACCUAGACUCGACGCGUGCGGCAGGAGUGUAGAGAGGUGCCCGGUCAGGGAGAGCCGUGUGUCCGCCCGCCGCGCUAUGGCGCCGUGGGGCCGGCUACUGGCGCUGACCGUCUACUGGGCGCACAGGAUAUUCCUGGCUCACGCCUGCGGAGAGAGCGAGCCCAUACAGUAUUCAGGCAAAAAGUAUGACUUGUUGGAGAGACUGAGAGUGCCAGACCUGCCACACGGCAUCAGGCAGACGUGCGAUGACGUUGACUGUCUGGCCUAUGACAUUGAACCCUAUGCAAUGUUGAGUGCACCUACAGAAGAAGUUUUUCCAGAGGGGUUUCCUACAGAGUUCACUAUUUCAGCAAAGCUGCAGUACUACAGAAAGUCCUUUUCAAAUCUAUUUGCAAUAUUGGACCCUAUUGGGAGAUUACAACUGUCAAUCAAACUCUCACCCAGGGAUAUAGAGCUUUAUACACCUAGUCAGGGAAUAUACAGUGUGUCGGUUCCAGACCUAGACGAUGGGUUGUGGCACAGUUUUGCAGUAUCUGCAACCUACGACAUGAUUGUAUUCUACUUUGACUGUGAGUGGAUGGACACGUUACACAUCGUUCCCAGCCCCCACUACAUACAGAUGGACGGUAUCACCCUGUUGGGAGGCCAGGUUGACUUCAGUGAAGUACCAUUUGAGGGCUCCAUACAGCAGCUGAUGAUAUUUGACGACCCUCUAGUCGGAGCUGUCCAGUGUUCAGUAUUCCUGCAGAACUGCAAACAGGAUCCUGUGCUAGGGCAAAAUCAACUGGAUUCAGAAACAACAGAUAACAGAAUAUCAGGCAGCACAACAAGAAGACCCAGAAAAAAGACAAAGGUGAAAUCUGACUACAAUUUUAUCUCAGGUGCUUCUGCUGCCCAAAGAUUGCCAGCUGCUAACUCCAAGCUCUCAUCUCUCAUACUGAAAAAUAUCACGGCCCAGGGACAGUCCGAGCCAGGCAUCACCUACAGUGCAGCGCAACAAGCCGGACAUGAUGUGUCAAAACUUGUCAUAAAAGAGAUAGGAGAAAUUGUUGGAGACCCAGUUGGAUCUGAGUCCCCAGGAUGGGAUCUGCAGCAGAACUACACACUGGACACGAACACGACCUCAGGUGACGUCCCCGGCGGAGCGCUCUACAACCUUCUGAACCAAACAACACGAAACAUAGUCACAAGGACUCGCAACGGUACCACGAGUAUACCAGGUAGUAUUCCGUCUGUUACGUUUGAAACUAACCCUGACGUAGAGGAGGGAGUAGGUGUGUUUGACACAGAAGGGGAUCCGACGGACGGACAUGUUUCGAUUUUCGAGGAACAAGUAGCACCUCCGCCUCAGUUCCCAGCAGGCCAGGUCGACUUGGACCCUGGAAAUGGAGACAGUGUUCUCUUGGCUCCAGGAACUGGAGAGGGCGUGGUAUCGGUUGGCAGUUUCCCAGCUGGCCAGGUACCAGUAGUUGAUGAUGAGACGGUUGUAUCUGCUGUAGAAGUAGAGUCAAAUGGCAGUGUCAUAGAGAGCAGUAUUCCCUUUACUCCAGGUGAGGUAGCACAGCCGCAGCCGCCGUCAGUUGUCACGGGCGGCGCCUCCAGCGAACCGGUAGACAUCGAUGGCGGAUUCAGAGUCUUACCGAAUGGCACCAUUGUUGGAUACGGUUUCGUAGAACCCAAUGGCUACCUGGUGGACGCAGAAGGAAGCAGAGUCAUUGGACCAGACGGCAAUCCCAUCCCGGUACCAAUCGAAGGCCCAGAAGGACAGCCGCAGCCCCCUGCAGUUAUCACCGGCGGCGCCUCUGGUGAACCGGUCGACAUCAACGGUGGCUUCAGUGUCUUACCAAACGGAACCCUCGUCGGGAACGGGUACGUAAAUCCUAAUGGUUUUCUGGUGGAGGGGGAUGGCAGCCGAGUCGUGGGACCGGACGGGAAUCCCAUCGCAGUACCGGUGGAAGGACCCGACGGACAGCCCUACAGACCAGAGGAGUAUCCAAUGGUCAUAGGACCGGACGGAGGCCCUGUGAUCGGUCCGGAUGGCUACCCUCUCAUACAUCCCGUCGAUCCAACAGGUCAAGUCGGCCCAGACGGGUAUCCAGUUGGACCAGACGGGUAUCCAGUUGGACCGGACGGAUAUCCAGUUGGGCCAGACGGGUAUCCAGUUGGACCGGACGGGUAUCCAGUUGGACCAGAUGGAUAUCCAGUUGGACCGGACGCCUCUCUUGUUGGUCCGGAUGGUUAUCCAUUAUACCCCACACAGGUUGGCGUGCCGCCGGUGGUGCCUAGCUACCCCGGUGGCAUGCCUGCUCCAGGUGCUCACGGGUACGGUGGCAGGGCUGACCCGCCGGGGUUUGUGGCACCAGGCCCAGGAGCAGGACCCAGGAUCCCACCAGGAGCCAGGCCAGGGCUCUCCAGAGAAGAGUACAUCUCACUGUUGGAGGGAAGCUGGGUACCGGGUCCUCGGGGGAUGCCAGGAGAACCAGGGCCACAGGGACUGAGAGGAGUCAGGGGUCCACGAGGACAACGUGGAAGGCAGGGAGAGAGGGGACCUCCCGGACCUCCGGGCCCACAGGGCAUGAUGGGUGCAGGAGGCAUUUCAGGGAGACCAGGGAGGAAGGGACCUGCUGGCAAACGUGGGUCACCUGGUGACCCGGGAGAGAGAGGGCAGGAGGGUAAGGAUGGAGACCGUGGAAACAUGGGACUACCUGGAAUGCCAGGGAAUCAGGGUUUUAGUGGGAAGCCAGGGAGACCAGGAAUACCAGGGGCACCUGGACCCAAGGGAGACAAAGGUAUCCCAGGUAUGGAUGGACCAUCGGGACUUCCGGGUGAGCAAGGUGAUCCAGGAGACAGAGGACCAAGAGGAAAUGAAGGACCUCCAGGUUCUGCUGGACAACAGGGUUUACCUGGACCAGCUGGACCAGGGGGUCCAAGAGGGCUGCCAGGAGCAGCUGGCAAGGAGGGGAAGAAGGGACCGAAGGGAGACAGAGGACCAUCAGGUCUUGCUGGCAUCAGAGGCAGAACAGGUACACAAGGCCCGCCGGGGAGGAGUGGACCAAGAGGCAUCAUAGGCAAGGCGGGUAUUCCUGGACAUCCUGGUUUAAAAGGAGAACAAGGAGAAAGAGGACCAGAGGGACCAAUUGGACAUAGAGGACCUGCUGGAAAAACAGGACAAAAGGGAGCAGCUGGAAGAGGAGGGAAGAAAGGAAAGCCUGGUGAUCCAGGUUUCAUGGGCCAUGCAGGCUUCAAAGGCAAUGCUGGUCCAAAGGGAGACAAGGGAGCCUUAGGACCAACUGGGAAGCCUGGUCCUCCGGGCUAUGAAGGAGAAGUUGGGGAGGCGGGUCUGACAGGUGCUCACGGGGAGAUCGGUCUGAAGGGAGAUCCGGGGCAACAAGGAACACCUGGUAUCCCUGGGAACAUCGGCAGGCCAGGCCAAAAGGGUAAAGAUGGUGGCAGAGGACCACGUGGACCUAGAGGUCUUGGAGGCAAGAAGGGAGCAGAUGGCAUGCAGGGACAUGAGGGUCUACCAGGUCCAAGGGGCCCUCCUGGACCACGGGGAGGAGAGGGACCACCAGGACUGCCGGGGCCUAAGGGGCAACAAGGUCCUCCUGGUCCACCGGGAGAUGACGGACUAAAGGGAGAGCCAGGAGACAGAGGAGAUGAUGGUCCACAGGGCCAGGUUGGAGGCAUUGGUCCACAUGGUAAAGAUGGCAAGUAUGGACCAAGAGGGCCUGCAGGGCCUGUGGGGUUUCCUGGUAGGGUAGGCCCUCCAGGUUUACCAGGGCCUAGAGGACCCAUUGGCAUUCCAGGCUGGCCUGGGGAGAUAGGCAAGAUGGGAACACAGGGUCCUCCUGGCCGCACUGGCCCCAAGGGUAAAGAUGGAAGAAUAGGACAAGGAGGCUUACCUGGUGCCAGAGGUGUCCCCGGAUGGCCAGGUUUACCUGGUCCUUCAGGAGAGAGAGGUGAACUUGGACUCGAUGGACUCCUUGGCCCACCAGGACCCAGAGGAGUGGAUGGUCCCCAGGGACCCCCUGGGAAACCAGGACCUAAUGGUAUCCCAGGUAUACCAGGUGACCAAGGAACAGCUGGACCAGAGGGACCUGAAGGAGAGAAAGGGAAAAUCGGUCCUGAAGGUCCACAGGGUCUGAAGGGAGACCAGGGAGACCCAGGUGACUAUGGCCCACCAGGUGCACCGGGGAGAGUUGGACAACAGGGUAUAUACGGGGCUCCUGGCCCCCUUGGAUUCCCAGGGAAGAAAGGAGAAACGGGCCUCCAAGGAAUUGUGGGACCUCCGGGGCCUGCAGGGGACAGAGGCUCAGGAGGAGAUCUUGGCAAACCUGGUCCUCCUGGACCUAAAGGCAGUCAGGGGCCAGAUGGUCCCGCAGGUCCACCUGGACAGCAGGGAGACCCAGGCAUAUACGGUGUAGCGGGAGAUGAUGGACCAAGAGGGCCUGAUGGGGAAAGGGGACCUCCAGGAUUACCUGGAGUUCCUGGAGUUGAUGGUGAGCUUGGAGAGCCAGGUGAAGAAGGAGCAAGGGGUCCAAGAGGUCCUGAGGGAGAUCAAGGCAAGGCAGGAGAACCAGGACCAUUCGGUGAGCCAGGCCCAGAGGGGUACAAGGGUAGACAAGGGGCACCUGGACCACCGGGAGAACCCGGGGAUGCGGGUAUGAUAGGAGAGGAGGGGCCACCUGGACCACCGGGUCCCCCAGGAGCACAUGGAUCUCAGGGUGAUCCAGGCAUGACAGGACCCCCGGGAAAACAAGGGCCUGAAGGGACAGAGGGACAAGAUGGACAGAGAGGACCACCGGGUCCCAGAGGAGAUCCCGGAGAGCCAGGGGACAUAGGACCACCAGGUGACAUCGGAGUGAACGGAAACCCAGGACCAGCUGGCCCUGCAGGAUCACCAGGAAAAGCUGGACCAGUGGGAGAGAAGGGCCCACCUGGACUGAAAGGAGACCCAGGACCCAGAGGCAAAACUGGUGUGAAUGGUGUGCAGGGACCAGUAGGUGUGCCUGGGAUGAAGGGUGAAGAUGGUUUUCCAGGCACUCAAGGUUCACCUGGACAACCAGGAGGAAAGGGAGAACAAGGAGAAGAAGGACCAGAUGGCAAGAAGGGACUGCUCGGAGCUCCUGGCCCACGUGGAACACAAGGGCCGAUCGGACCUAAAGGACUACGAGGAAACCCUGGCCUUACUGGGGUGGAUGGUAUGAAAGGAGCAUUCGGGAAGUCUGGUGCCAAGGGAGAUCAGGGACUAAUGGGUCUCACUGGACCUAUUGGACCACCUGGACAGAGGGGCCCAGACGGACGGAGAGGUGAUAUUGGGCAAGUUGGUUUUCCAGGAGAACCUGGAGAUAGUGGCCCAGUAGGACCACCAGGACUAACCGGCAAACUGGGCAGAAAGGGUGAAAUUGGCCCAAGGGGUCCCAAAGGCAUCCAAGGAGCCCCUGGUCCCCGUGGAAUUCCAGGUCCACCUGGUCCUCCUGGAGACAGGGGUCCACCUGGAACUUUUACCUUCUUUCCCGGUGGAGGAUCCCCUGGUGCAGGUGCAGGGGCAGGGGCAGGUGCUCCGAUAACUGGAGGAGAGACUGGGAGACAAGAAACCAUACAGGAACUGGACAUGGACUUGUACAAGGCAACAGGCUACAAUGUCUCAGAAGGAGCAACCCUCAGCAUCACCAAUGGAACCAACUCCUUCCUCAUACGUGUGGUGGAUGGUGCAGCCAUCUUGUUUGAUGCAGAAACUGGAUUUACGAGAAAAUUCAAUGUGUCGUCUGGCACCAAAAUCUUCCCCAACGGCACAGUGCUGGCAGGAGAUGAACAGAUGAUGCCUAUUGGCAAGUUCCUGAACAUGACCGGGGAGGCCAGGCUCCUGGGCCUGGGUAUGGUUGUAGUAGGAGAGGCCGGGUCUAUAAGUAACCUGACAGGCUCAGGAGGUUCCUCCUCCCAGACGGCGGGAAGGAACGGUUACCCUGCAGAGGCUUUCAACCAGAAUGGUGGCUCUCGGACAGUCCCAGCCGGCGCGGGAGAAACCGUGUUUGUAACGGGAACAACGGGAACCGGUGGGACUGUCACAACUGGUGGGGGCGGGGCGGUUUUUGUGACAGGGACAUCAGGAGGCACAGGAACAGGCCCCACCAGUGGGUUUGGAGAAGAGAACGGGGUUGUGACAGAGGUUUUCUCUCCGUCAACAGACAUAGAUCAUCUGAAAAAGCUCAUAAGUAGGGUAGGGCCGGCUGAGUGGACGGACUAUUUUGAGGGAGAGAUGGACAGGUUACAGGGGAUUGUGAAGACCAUCGUUGGAGGGCCAUGGGGCACGGCUGAGUACCCUGCCAAAACCUGUAAAGACCUGAUGUUCGCUCAGCCAGGACUGAAGGAUGGUUAUUACUUCAUAGACCCUGAUGGAGGCUGUAUUGAGAAUGCGUUCCAGGCCUUCUGUAACUUCACCGCUGGAGGACUGACCUGCUUCCAACCCACCAACGACACGCUGGCUUCCCCAAGAAGUCCAUACAAAGUAGACAACUUUACCUGGUUCAGUGAAGUAGAAGGUGGAUUUGAGAUUGAAUAUGAAGGUGACCCCAUCCAGUUGAACUACAUCCAGGCCCUGAGCACGCGCGCGACGCAGACCUUUACGUUUGAGUGCUCGUCGGCGGUGGCAUGGUACAACUGGAACACGGACGGCUACGACCAGGCCGUCAGACUCCUGUCCAACAACGAAAACGUGCUGACCUACGGAACCCCUGGUGUAAAGACUAUAUAUGAUGGCUGCCAGUUUGCUUCACCCCAGCUGGACCUGACAGUUAUAGAAAUCAACACAACGGCCACGGAAUGUGUUCCUGUUAGAGACUUUGGGGUGUUCGAGCUGGACGAAAACGGACAAGAGUUUGGCUUUUCUGUCGGCCAAGUUUGCUUCCAAUAG